CCCCUUUCUUCUUGCUUGCUGCCAUUGUCUGAGAUGUCGCUGUCCUCCAUGAUCCGCUAGUUCCAUUUGCUUGCGGUCUUUCGUUCCUUUGCCAAAGUUGGUUAAAUCUAUACUAAGUUCUCUCCACCGAUCCGUUGUUCGUGACGGGAUCUUGGCUAUUCUAAAAUAGCAAGUCCUAUUAAACGUCAUAUGAAGAACGUGGCCAUUGGGCAUCAACAAGCGCCGUUUGCAUAGGCUUGUUUCUAUAUACUUUCGCGGCCUGUCCUCACGAUGUACUAUAUCCUAUACCUUGCGAGUCUCUGCCGACGCCGCCGCUGGCCAGAGCCCCAGUACGAGUCCUAUGGAGGCCCUACCGGGCAUACCUGCAUUGUCCGCGUCAAUAACCGGGAAUACCAGACAGACGGUGUUUUUCAAUCCGACACCCUGGCUCGGGAGAAUGCCGCCAUGCGGGCAUAUCUCAUCUGCCGUAACUUCUCCGUCAACGAUGGCAUGUAUCCAGCUGGACAUGACCACGGAGGGGUAGUCCAAGGAAUCCCAGUGGCGAUAGGUACCGGACGAAAGGCUCGCUACGCCGAUGAUACCGAUACCUCGACAAGUGGAGGAAGCAGGAGCGGAGGAAGCAGCCCCGAAAGCUACGAAGGAGGAAGAUUUAGUCAGGAAAGGCACGCCGCUCCCUCGAGGGCCCUCGCCUUCGGCAGUCGUGGGAUGUAGUCCCUACUGUCAUCAAAAAUUUUGGUCAACCGAACCUUGGCAUGUGAAAGCAGAAUGAUAUGGGCGGACGCUUAAUGACUUUAUGACUUAUGACAUGAAUAUCCAGA